AUGAUUAGCUUUGAGAACAAAACCUAUGUCGUGACCGGCGGCGCCUCGGGAAUCGGCAAGGCCCUGGUGCACAAGCUCCUCGCUCAAUCGGCCAACGUGCACGUCAUCGAUCUGGCCGAAAAGUUCCCCGACGAGAUCCCCGCCACAGGAAAGCUCUGGUUCUAUCCCGGGGUAGACGUAAGCUCGCGUGAAGUCGUGGCAUCGACAUUUACAGCGAUCCACGAGCGCAGCGCCAAGCUUCACGGGCUAGUCAACUGCGCUGCGAUCUUGCAACUCCACAGCGCCACUGCCGAUGGGGCCGACGAGCUCAUGGACAGAAUCAUGGCCAUCAAUGUAAACGGCACAUGGAACACUUGUGUCGAGUUCUACAAGUACGUGGACCAGAAGAGCCGUGCGGAUGACGGAAAGGAUAUCCCGGCUGAUGAGGACACUUGUAUUGUCAAUAUGUCGUCGCAGGCCGGCAUCAAGGGAUACCCGGGUGCGAGUGCGUAUGUGAUGAGCAAGCAUGCUGUCGCGGGUCUAACUAAGAGUCUGGCCAUGGAGUGGGCGGCGCAGGGGAUUCGUGUGAAUGCGCUGGCGCCGGGGGCGGUGCAGACGCCGAUGAUGGAUACGUUUAUUGCACAGCAUGUAGAUACGCCUGGGUUCCGGGGGUUGAUGAGAGAUAUCUUGCAGCCAGACGAGGUUGCGGAUACUAUUUUGUAUCUGCUGAGUCCCAUGUCCUCGGGCAUCGUGGGCAAUAUUGUCGAGAUUGCAGCAGGCAAAUAG